AGUACCGAAAAUGGCGAAUGUCAUCUCCUAUGCCGCUGGGGCUUUCAUCACCACAAUUUCGCACCCUUUGGGCUACGCCAAAGUCCUAAUACAGCUUGGUCAUGAACCUUUACUUCCAUCGUUAUCCAAAGAACUACUGACUCGCAAGGAGAGAUGGUACUACCCAAACAUCUUCAAAUACAUUGGCCACAUCAAGAAGAGAGAUGGUUUCCUUGGUUUGUGGAGAGGACUAGUGCCACAGUUAACUGAGAGUCUGGUUAGGACAUAUGUCACACACACCUUGACUGAGGAACUUAAGAAACAGUUUCCAAUAGAGGAGGAGGAAACGGGCUCAGAAGUUGUCCUAUUUCUAAGACAUUUUGGAAUUAAGACGUCAAGAGAAGUGACAGCUAAAUGUGUUGCCAUUUUCUGUAGCCAUCCAUUUCAAGUUAUUGCAAUUAGAACCAUGGCCCAGUUUAUUGGAGAAGAAACCAUGUACAAUAACAUAUUUUCAUCAAUAUCAGAAAUCUACAGAAUAGAAGGCUUUUCAGGGUUCUAUGCUGGCCUUGUACCAAGGUUAAUAGGAGAAGCCAUUACAAUAUGUCUUAUAAACUUCAUCUCAGACCUCAUCAACGACUAUUUGAUAGAUGACAAGGAAUAUAAAUCCUACACAACAGUGGCCUGUAAUUUUGCUGUAUCUCAGAUCACCUACCCCUUUGUUUUGGUCUCUAGGAUCAUGUGUGUCAACAACUCAGGAUUGGCGGCUGCGUCCCCUCCUUAUAUGAUUUACUACGCAGACUGGCGAGACUGCUGGACCAAUCUCAAAAAGACUGGUGAGUUGAAUCGAGGAUCUUCGAUGUUCUGGAGGGCAUGCCCAGGCCUGGACCGACACAACCAGAUGUAUAAUCCUCCUAUCGACUCAUACAGGAAAUAUGCAAGCUUCUAAACGUGAGGGAUCAACACAAAAAAUUCAAAAUAACUGAGCUGGCCUAAAACAAACUCUGUAAAGUAAAGUCUAUCUCUGAUGCCAUUGUUAAGUAGUAAUGGUUUUAUUGUACAGGAACUGUACUCAGUAUUAAUACAGGGGGGUAUUCAGCAGCCCUCUCUUUGAGACUGUGAUGAUUUAUCAAUAUCAUCAGUUGUGAGAUGAUUACAUAACUGUGUAUAAUUGUUCAUGGAUUUUCAUUUCUCAAAUCAAGAUUUCACAUGCCAAACUUUGUAGAUAUUAAAGAUCUGUAAGAUGAUUUUGAACUUAUGUUUUGGUGCAGAAUUUGGAAAUUUGCCUAGACUUAAAUUUUUUUUUUCAUUAAUGAUUUAGAUUUAUGCUUGUAUUCAGUUGAAGAAUCUGUGAAGAUGUAUGUUUAGAUUUUAUUGUUUAUUUCUUUCUGAUGAUUUUACCAUUUUUCAACUGAACAAAUAAUUUUUGCUUCCUAGAGCAGUAGUAAAAUGGUUCAUUUACAGAUUUUUUUGUAACUUGAGCAAUUAGUGACAUACAUGAUUUGACUUUUGGUAGUGACAGCUCUUUUAUCAAUUUGCUUUUUUUCUUACCAGAGUUUCUUAGAAAUCUUCUGUUGAUUUAAAAAUAUAAAAGUACAGUGAUAAGAUUUUUACACAAUGAUUUUAUUAUUUAUAGUGAACACGUCUGGACUGACAUGACUAGGACACAAAAUUUGUGUCAGAACGGAGUCAGAUUUCUCAUUAUAAAGAAGAUAGAAAACAGUAUAAUAGGAAUGAAGAGAAUGGUCUGAUUUACAAUGAAAUAGUGUACAGAUGUUGGAUUUAACAGUUUUUAUUGUAUUUUGAUUUAUGAAAUUAAAUAUAUUACAUAAUAUGUAUAGGAUACUGAGAGUGUAUAAUGCAUAAUAGUGUUUUAUGGAAUACACAAGCACCUGCUAUUUUUACAGUUAGAGUUAAGAUGGAGUGACCAUUCACCUACAAACAAAAAUUGAUAAUUCUUACUUAUUUUGAAAAGUUUUCACCUUCAACAACGAAAUGUCUCAAAAUUUGCAUACUUAAUUUGUUGGAUUUCAUUUUUUCUCCUACUGUGAAAAUAUGUAUGACAUGUAUCAUAUAGUGUACAAUAUUUUCUUUUUCUUUAGAAACGUUUCUUGAUAGUAUUUUAUUUCCUGUCCAAGAUAUUUGUUAGUCUACCUUUUAAUCAUGACCAAUAAUAGAAGAUCUAAUUUGCCUUAAGUAAUAAAUAUGAAAAAUUCCGAAAAUCAUGCAUUUAUGAAAGAUUUAAUAAUUAAAUUUGAAACAGUUUCCUUACUUUGAAAAAAUUAUUGGAUCCUUCCUUGCUGAUAUUGUAGUGAGAGCUGAAUUUAGUAAUGCAGUAUUUAGUAUAUUGUCAUACAUGUAUAUAAGAUUUUAUUGUGGAAAAAAAAUGUGUGUACUUUUGCAGGAAUAUUAGAAAAAUUAUAAUUUUUCAUAAAAAUCAUACAAAACUACCAAAUUAAGUGCAUCUAAAAGUAGUAUACUUAUAGCAUAAAUACAUUUAAAAUGAUUAACACUCAAUCAUUUAGAUCAUGAUAUGUAUGCAAUUGCUCU